UAAGAUCUAACAAAAGUAUUAGAAUCGAAGAACCAAACCAACAUGACUGAACGAUACAGCUUUUCGUUAACAACUUUUAGUCCGUCGGGCAAGUUGGUGCAGAUAGAAUAUGCACUGGCUGCUGUUGGAGCUGGGGCCCCAUCGGUUGGAAUUAAAGCGGUGAAUGGUGUUGUGUUGGCGACGGAGAAGAAACAGAAAUCCAUCCUGUAUGAUGAACACAGCAUCCACAAAAUUGAGAUGUUGACGAAGAACAUCGGUAUGGUCUACAGUGGAAUGGGGCCCGACUACAGAGUUUUGGUUCGAAGGGCUCGUAAGCUGGCUCAGCAGUAUUACCUGACGUACUGUGAGGAGAUUCCUACCGCCCAGCUAGUUCAACGAGUAGCAACUGUGAUGCAGGAGUUCACCCAGUCAGGAGGUGUCCGUCCCUUUGGUGUAUCACUGCUGCUGGCAGGGUGGGAUGAAGAGGAUGAUUCUCCUUACCUCUACCAGUGUGACCCUUCUGGUGCAUACUUUGCAUGGAAAGCUACUGCAAUGGGUAAAAAUCACAUUAAUGGAAAGACUUUCUUGGAAAAGAGAUACAGUGAUAACCUGGAGCUGGAAGAUGCAAUACAUAUAGCCAUUCUGACGCUGAAGGAGAGUUUCGAGGGCGUCAUGACGGAAGACAACAUAGAGAUAGGAAUCUGUAAAAACGACGGCUUCCGACGACUGCAGCCCACGGAGAUCAAAGACUACCUCGCCUCCAUAUCAUAACUGUGAUGUGCCCCGCGACUCCGGCAACAUUUUCGUUCUUCAUGACAUUUACCCAUUUUAUGCAGAUUCCAUUCAUCCACAUUGUGAAAUAAAGUCAGUUCCAGCAGUCUGUGUAUUGAUGGUUGAGGGUGGGGGAUGGGUAGCAAUGUUUUGGCUUCAGCAUUUCCACCCAAUUCCAUUCAUCCACAUUAUGAAAUUAAAGUCCAUUCUAACAGUCUGUGUAUUGAGUGUGGGGUAUGGGUAGCAAUGUUUUGGCUGCAGAAGUUUUCAGCAUUUUCACCCAAUUCCAUUCAUCCACAUUAUAAAAUAUUCCGUUCCAACAGUCUGUGUAUUGAUGGUUGAGGAGGGAUGGGUAGCUAUGUUUUUGCUUCAGCAUUUUCAGCAUUUCCACCCAAUUCCGUUCAUCCACAUUAUAAAAUAAAGUUUGUUCCAACAGUUAUCACGUGGUGUGUUGAUGGGUUGGGGAUGGGUAGCACUGUUUUUGUUGCAGACGUUUUUAGCAUUUACACUCUAUUACCAAGUGACUGUCUUCACAGGUCAAUACUUCAAAACUGUAGGUAAAUGGAAGUUGGCUCACAUACGUUUUACCUCUUUGCUAACAUAGGUGUUGAGGAAGAGGGCAGAAAAGCAUUGCAGCCUUGCCACACACACACACACCCACCCCCCACCCCCACCCCAGGAUUGAAGAUUAUGCAAUGACCAUCCCCACCCACCCCAAGUUUAAAAACAAAAUUAAUAUGCUACUGCCCAUCCCUAGUUGGUUGUAUGUGUGAUUUUGCUUAUGGCCCAGAACAGUGUAUCUUCCCCCACCCACCCACUAUUGAAGAUUAUGCAUUUCCCCUCCCUCUGUUGAAAAGCCCCUUUUCAUGCUUAUGGCCCAGAAAAUCGCAGACGAUUAAUAAAUCAAUAUGCUAUAUUGGUGUCAUUAAUUAAAACAAACUUCUUAUGACUCUGAACAGCUUCCUUAUAUCUCGAGUAGGAAUAAGUACAAAUAUAAAUCUACAAUGACAACAUUCUAUGUACAAAUCAUUUUCUACCAGGUACUCUUCGUGAAAAUGCUGAAAAGGGAGGGUCAGUUUUGUUUUACGAUUGCAAUCAUUGCGUCGGUGGACAUCUCGUAUUUUAUGAUCUGGCCACUCAUGUACCGCAAAACAGCAGCCAAUCGGCGGACAUGUCAUAAAGACAUUGUCGGUGUGUUUCUUGUAAUCACUCAACUUAUCGUCUGCUGUUGUGAAUAAAUUAUAAAGAGAUGUC